AUGACCCAUUCAUUUCCUAAAGUUACGAAUGAUGAGGAUACUCGUGAAUUAGAAAAUGGUGAUAAUGACCAAUUAUUUCGUUUAUUCGCUCAUGAUCCUCCUAAGAAGAUUUCCCUCGAAUCAAAGGAUAUAAAAGAUUACGAUGAAUUAGUCGAACAGAUGCGUAGGAAAAAAUUUGAAACUGUUGAAUUAAGUGAUGAUCCGGAACGUAUUGAAAAGAUAAAUUCAGUGACAAUAACAUUUGAACAAAUUAUUCAAGAAUCGAAGAUUCCUUGGGAACGUCAUAUAAUGCCACAUAAAGUAUUACAUGUUCCUUUUAAAGAGACUGAACAAAAAUUUAGAUCAAAGCGAAGGAAAAGCAAAAGGCGAAGAGAUGUCGAGAAGAAAGGGUUAGUUAAAAAACAUCAAGGUGGAAAGUGUCCCGGUUGGCCGUCAGGUGGCAAAGGAUAUUCAUAUGGGUGGAAGUUAAGUGCUGAAAUUCGUAAUGUACCUGGAAGAAAAGAUUCGAAAAUUUUUCGUGGAAGAGCAAAUUUAAAUAGAGGUAGAGUAAGUAACAUUAGUAGGCAAGAUCAUAGAGGAACGCGAAAAAAGUAA